AUGAUGAAUUUCAAGUCCCCAUUGCUGUAUGUAUUGAAUUCUUUGACAACAACAAGUGCUUCAUCAUCUGACAGUCAACCUGUAGUUACAAGAGAAGGAGCUACACUGACCUUUGAGGAGAAUGAAAAAUUACAGUUACUGUUGCAACAAUAUAAUGAGAUAUUUCAGGAACCUCAUGAAUUGCCACCAUUUUGGAGGUAUAAUUAUAUCAUUCCUUUGCUGCCUCAUACUCAACCGGUUAAUAUCACGCCAUAUAGGUAUCCACACUAUCAAAAGGCUGAAAUUGAUAAGUUGGCAGCAGAUAUGUUGUCUUCCUCAAUCAUUCAGCCUAGCACCAGUCCAUACUCUUCUCCAGUGUUCAAGGAUUGGGAUUCCCAUCUUUUACAUUUGGAUGAGGUAUUUCAGUGGCCUAUUGCAGUUUCUGUGAAGGAAUUAAGGAGUUUCUUGGGUUUGACUGGAUACUAUAGAAAGUUUGAAGCUUUUGAGACUUUGCGAAGGGCCAUGGCAGAAGCUCCAGUUUUGGUAUUACCAGAUUUUAGUUUACCAUUUGUCAUUGAAACUGAUGCAAGUAGUUGGGGAAUGGGGGUUGUACUACAACAACAAGGUCAUCCUUUGGCCUACAUUUCUAAAGCUUUUAGGCCUAGAAGCAAGGCAUUGUCUGUGUAUGAGCGGGAGUUAUUAGCCAUCACUUUUGCAGUCACAAAAAAGAGUGUGGAAAACAAAGCUGCUGAUGCCCUUUCCAGGAGACCUGAUAGGAAUGGCCAAUCUGCAACUCUUUCUUGUUGUCCACUUCAAUCUACCAAACUUUCUACUUGGAUGACCAACCUUAUUCAUAGCUAUGUUGGUGACUCCAAAGCUACUACUGUAAUACAACAGGUUUCUUUGCAUAAUUCAGCUGUAGAUGGCUAUCAAUUGAAACAGGGGGUCCUUUAUUAUCAUAAUAGACUAUAUGUGGGUAGUUCCACUGAUUUGAGGCACUCCUUGAAGCUAUCUCCUAAGUACUAUGGGCCUUAUCAGAUCAUUGCUAAGUAUGGUACAAUAGCUUAUAAGCUAGUGCUGCCUCCAACUUCUUCCAUACACCCUAUAUUCCAUGUUUCAAUGCUGAAGAAGAAAUUGGGGAAUAAUGUGACUCCAUUAGUUGAUCUGCCAACUAUGAAUGAAGAACAAGUGGUUGUGGCACCUGAGCAAGUUCUGCAAACUAGAACCAUUACUAGAGAUCAGCAAACUGUGUUGCAAGGGUUGAUUAAAUGGUAG